AUGUCGACUGAAUUGGACGCUGAGAAGCAACAGCCAGGCAUCCCAAUCCCUUGGGAACGAGACCCUGAGAAUCCUCAGAAUUGGAGCCUACGGAAGAAAACAUUGAACUUGGGAAUUGUGUCUAUCUUGGGUUUCAUCACUCCUCUGGAAUCAUCUGUCAUCGUCCCAGGCGUUCCUCUCCUGAAAGAAGACUUCCACGAAACUCGACCACCCGUGACAUCUCUCGUCGUCUCUAUCUUUGUUCUAGGCUUUGCUUUCGGCCCUGUGCUUCUUUCGCCGCUGUCAGAGCUUUACGGACGGCGAUUACUGCUCAAUAUUUGCAAUGUUGUCACACUUGGCUUUUCGAUUGGUAGUGCCCUUGCACCAAAUAUCGCUACGUUUAUUGUCUUUCGGUUUAUUGCCGGGAGCUUCGGUGCUGGGCCGAUGAAUAUUGGUGGUGGUAGUAUUGCCGAUCAGGUUGAAUUGUCGAAAAGAGGUUUUGUGAUGUCGAUAUUCUUCACUGGUUACUUCUUGGGCCCUGUCAUCGGGCCUGUAAUCGGUGGCUUCGUUGCGAAGGACCUCGGAUGGAGAUGGGUGUUCUGGAUCAUGGCCAUCUUUAAAGGAGUCAUGACGAUCGUGACCUUCUUCUUUCUCACCGAGUCCCAUCACCUCACGAUCCAGCAGAGACUAGUCAAGGACACAGGCGACCCUACUCCUAACAAAGAAGCACCGAAUGUAAGCCAAGUACUAUUACGAGCUCUAAUGAGACCGAUGAGAAUGCUUAUCCGCAGCCCUAUCGUCACUGGCCUCUCUCUAUAUCUCGCAUUGAUAUAUGGCUACCUAUAUCUUCUCUUUACCACUUUCUCCACUGUUUUCACAGAGCAGUACGGGUUUGGCAUUGAUAUCCUUGGACUUGCUUUUCUUGGAGUGGGAAUCGGCUGUAUUGUUGCAUUGGUGGUUCUCUCCUGGCUGAGUGACUGGCUUCAAGACCGCCUUACCAAGAAAUACGGAGAGUCCAAGCCUGAAUAUCGGUUACUUCCUAUUAUACUUGGAAUCCCCCUUCUUCCCAUCGGAUUGUUCGUGUACGGUUGGACAGCAGAGUAUGAGGUUCACUGGAUAGUACCUAUUAUCUUCACGGGAUUCUCAGGGGCCGGACUGAUAUUCUCAUUUCUCCCCACCCAGAUAUACCUGAUCGACGCUUUCACAACCUAUGCGGCUAGCGCUCUGGCUGCUACAAGUGUCAUACGUAGUAUAGUCGGCGGAUGCCUCCCUAUUGCUGGGCUACCGCUGUACUCGGCUCUUGGCUAUGGAUGGGGAAACUCACUUCUUGGAUUCAUUGCCAUCUUAGUGUCUAUCGCACCUCUUCUGUUCUGGCGCUACGGCGAGACUCUGCGCAAGAAGUACGAUGUUCAGUUUGACUAG